UAAAGUAGUAGAAAUUAGUGCUGACUGACUUUAUUUCCACUUUGAUUUGGAAUCAGCAGAAAGCGAAAGCGGCACCUGGUGUCCCCUCAUCACACUCUGCACCUCUUUCUCUAAUUCCUUCUUCGUAAAUUUACUGUUACAAAAUAUUAACAAAAAGUACUAAUAUCCUCUCGCAGCUAGAGGAUUGUUGUUGGUAAACUCAGCCUUAACUCUUUGUAUUUUUCGCAGACCUCUGAGAAGUUUCGUGGAGACUUUCAAGACCGAAACUAGAGAAAAUUCAGUGUAGGUUCCAUGCAGCAACCGGGAAGACCUUUGAGAAGUUUCGAAGUGAAUUUCCAACCUGAAAGUAAUGAAAUUCUUGAUAGAUCCUGUUAACUGUCAUUUCUUGAAUUUCUUACUAUCAGUUUCACAUGGCAACCACAAGUAAUCAAUUGACAGCCACUUCUUUUUCAUCUCCUCCUAGUUGGGAUGUCUUUUUGAGCUUUUAUGGUAAAGAUACUCGCAGAAACUUUAUUGCCAAUCUUUACUUUUCCCUGGAUCAAGCUGAAAUUUUAACCUUCAAAGAUGAUCCUGAACUAGAGAAAGGAGAAGAAAUUUCAUGCGGACUACUCAAAGCAAUCCAUGGUACAAAGAUGUUUGUCGUCGUUCUGUCUGAGAACUAUGCUCGUUCACCAUGGUGCCUUAAUGAGCUUGUGGAGAUCCUGAAUUGCAAGAGGAACCGGAAUCGGAUUGUUCCUGUUUUCUACUACGUUGAUCCAUCAGAUCUUCGGCACCAGAAAGGGGGUUUUGGAGAAGCUCUUAGUUAUCAUAUGAAGCGGUACUCUGUUGAUUUUAUAGAGAAAUGGAAAUCCGCUCUUGCUGAAAUCGGCCAGCUAUCAGGGUACCAUCUCAAAAAAGAUUCAGAUGAGAAUGAAUCGAAUAUCAUUCAAGAGAUUGUGGAGAAUGUCUUAAAGGCCACAUGUAGGGAGGAAUUACAUCUUGAGGAAUAUCUAGUUAGGAUAAAUCCAGUUACAGAAGAGAUAUAUCAAAAGCUAAACAUGGAGUUAAAUGAUGUCCGUGCCAUUGGGAUUUGUGGGAUGGGCGGAAUUGGAAAAACUACAACCGCCAUUGCUUUCUACAACAAAUAUUCCCACGAAUUUGAUGUUAGUUGCUUCAUUGAAAAUGAAAAACCACAUUCACAAGGAGAUAUUUCUCUGCUUCCUGUACUUAAUCAGCUCUUGAUUAAACUUCUCAGAAGGAAGGACUAUAUAGUCCGGAAUGCUGAAAGUGGAAUAAAAAAAUUAGAACAAAUCCUUUGUUCCAAGAAAGCUCUUAUUGUCUUGGAUGAUCUGCACCAAUCAAUCUAUUCAGAGUUGCUUGCUAGGCUUCACAGCUUGCUUUCUGCCGGAAGUAGAAUUAUUUUUACGACGAGAGAUGUAAACCUGCUAAAUCAAUCCAAAGUGGACAUAUCAGAAGUAGAUAUAUACAUGGUGAUGGAAUUGGAUGAAAUGUGUUCAUUGGAGCUAUUUAGCUAUCAUGCCUUCCGAAUACCAAAGCCGCCUGAGAGUUUUAGAGAGCUUGCAAUAAGAUUUGUAACUUAUGCCGGAGGUGUUCCAUUAGCUCUCAAGGUUUUGGGUUCAUCUUUGCGCGGUAGGACUGAUGUGUCAUUCUGGAAAGGUAAACUUGAAAAGCUUAGAAAAAUUCCCGAAAAAGAGAUACAAGAAAUCCUUCAACUGAGCUACGAUGACUUAGAUGAUGACACGGAGAAGCCAAUGUUCCUUGAUAUUGCCUUCUUUUUUGUAGGGAAGGACAAAGAUGAGGCUGUUUGUAUAUUCAAUUCUUGUGAUUUUUUUCCAGACGUUGGAAUACCAAUAUUAAUAGAAAGAUGUUUACUUUCUAUUGAUAUAGGUAAUAAGUUUCGGAUGCAUAAUCUUAUCCGACGCAUGGGACUUGACCUUGGAAAGAACACACGCUUGUUAUUGGGAGGGAAUGCAGGGAAGGAUUUGCAAAAUCUGGAGGGAGUAAACAAAAUCGAAGGACUUAUAUUAGACUUAACCAUGUCCACGAAAAGGCAAAUUACUGCUGAGAUACUCGGAAAGCUAUCCAACCUGAGAUUACUUGAAAUUGAUGCACAUUACGUCCAACAUGACAUAACGGAAAAUUUCAAAAAUGUAUUUCAUCAGCUAAGGUGUAUGCGGUGGCAUGGUUUUCCAUGGAAGUAUAUGUCUUUCAAUUUUUGCCCAGAAAAACUCGUCUCACUUGAAAUGUCAUCCAGAAAACUGAGGAUACUGUGGAAGAACCCCAAGUUACCUGAUUUAUCCAGCUUGAAACAGUUGAAGACAUUGUAUAUACAAAGAUGCCACAGCCUUUCAAUCAAUUCUGCCACUAGUGGUAUAGAGGGUGGAAUGCAUAUGUGAAGAGGGCAUCAAUGAACUGCUUAAAUGUGGGGGGAGGAUCGAUGUUUUAUUUCGGGGAGGGGAAACAUUCAAGUAGUGAACAAAUGCGGUAUUCAUGUUAUACCGAAAACUUCAUCAGCUUCCUGCUAAUGUAGUUACUAUGCUUAAUGUUUUGUACUGAAAAUUCGUACUACUUUGUGAUAAUUUCUUCCUGAUUCUUUCACCAUUUCAAGGCUUCAAACUACUCCUUUGUAAAAGUUAUUCUUGAAAUAUAAGAAUCAAU